GAGGCCGCGGCUCCCCCCGGCGCUCGCUCUGCUCCGCUCCGCCCGGCAGCGGGGCCGGGACCUGCCCGUGGCGAGGCGAGGCGAGGCGAGGCGGCGCCGGGACUCUGCCCAGCCCGGAGCGGGAGCGGAGCUCGGCCGGGCCGGGCCGGGCCCGCUGGAGAAGCCCCGCCCGGGGGGGCCAUGGCCGAGCGGGCCGCUGCCCAGACUCCUGCUGUUCCCGAACAAACUCCCGUGAGAGAACCCCAUCAUCACAGUACAGAGAUCUCCUUGUGGACAGUAGUGGCUGCCAUCCAAGCCGUGGAGAGGAAGGUGAAUUCCCAUGCCUCACAAUUACUGAAUCUGGAGGCGAGAACAGGGACAACCGAGAAGAAGUUAACAGGCUGUGAGAGGACAGCGAUGGAAUUUGGUAACCAGCUGGAGAGUAAAUGGACUAUUUUGGGAACUCUGAUCCAGGAGAAUAACUUCCUGCAGAGGAGGCUGGAGAACCUGGAGAACCUGCUGAGAAACAGGAACUUCUGGAUCUUAAGACUGCCCCCAGGCACUAAGGGAGAAGUCCCCAAGGUGCCGGUGACAUUUGAUGACAUCUCAGUUUAUUUUAACGAGCAGGAGUGGGAGAACUUAGAGGAAUGGCAGAAAGAGCUUUACAAGAAUGUGAUGAAGGGGAACUAUGAGACCCUGAUCUCUCUGGACUACGCUGUUUCUAAGCCAGACGUUUUAUCCCGCAUUGAACGAGGGGAGGAGCCGUGCGUCGGGGAUCAGCGGGAAUCUCUGGAAGGAUUGGAGGAAAGAGUCCAGAAGAAGGAAGGGCUGGUGGAAAGAGAAAUCCCUGUGGACCCCAGCGCAGGCCAGGCCAUUUCCAACCCUGACAUCCUGCCCCGGGCUGAAGGAGGGGAGGAGCCGUGUAUCAGGGCCCAGGGGGGUUCGCCAGACAGAGAAAUUCCCCUGGAGCCCAGCGCAGGUUCCACAUCUGCCACUUCACCCUGGAUCAAAGGAGAGGAAGAGCUGGAUGCUGGGGACCAGCAGGAAUUGGGGGAAGGAAGAAUUCUCACAGGCUCCUGCAUGGCAAAUGAUGGGACAGCAAGCAAACAGGAGGAGAAGCCCCAGGAGGGAUGUCUGGAAAAGUUAGAAUCACACAGGACUUUGUUGGUGAAAUCAGAAGAGGAGGUUUUGCAGAGCCUACAGCAGGGAGCGGCUGCACAGCUGGCUAGCCCCACAGUCAUCAGAAUGGAGCAAUCAACCCAGUGCGGCCGAGACUUCAGCCUGCUCAAGGGCUUCGUGGUGCAGCCGGGAGAGAAGCCCUUUGCCUGCAGUGAAUGCGGGAAGAGCUUCCGGCUGAAGGGGAAUUUGGUCAAGCACCUGCGGAGCCACGCCAAGGUGCGGCCCUACAAGUGCACCGAGUGCGAGAAGAGCUUCAACUGCCAGUCAGACCUGCUGCGACACCAGAUGAUUCACCGCGGGGAGAAGCCCUACAAGUGCAGUGAGUGCGAGAAGAGCUACAGCCGCAAGGUGUAUCUGCUCAACCACCAGCGUGUGCACACGGGGGAACGGCCCUUCCAGUGCACGGCGUGCGAGAAAAGCUUCCGGCAGAAGGCCGUGCUCAUCUCGCACCAGCGCCUGCACACCGGCGAGCGCCCCUACAAGUGCACCCAAUGCGACAACAGCUUCAGCGAGAAGUCCAAGCUCAACAACCACUUCCGCAUCCACACGGGAGAAUGGCCCUACAAGUGCACCAAGUGUGACAAGAGCUACAGCCGCAAGGUGUACCUGCUCAACCACCAGCGCCUGCACACCGGCGAGCGGCCCUUCCAGUGCACGGCGUGCAGCAAGAGCUUCAUGCUCAAGACGAGCUUCAUGAAGCACCAAAGAAAUCACGUGGAAGAGAGACACCACCAGGGCGGCCCAGCUGCUAAAAGCCAUGGCAGGUCUGUCGACCAUCAGGGUAACGACCCGGGAGAAGGGCUGAAACGCCACAUUGAGUGUGGGAAAAGCAUCACGGGGAAGCCUGAGCUAGAGACGCUCCAGCAGGUCCAUGUCCGGGAGCGGCCACAUCAGUGUGGUGCGUGUGAGAAAAGCUUCCGAUACGAGGAAUCUCUGAGAGAACAUCAGAGUCUUCAUAUUACAGAGCAAGGGCAUCCGGAGGUUUCUCUGAGCCCCGGACAGGGAGCAGAGGCCGGACUCCUUGUUGUAAAGAUGGAAGAUACGUGUGAUGCAAGUAUCUCUUUUGUGUGGCUACAUCACAUGGGUGGAGUCCCCCCUGGGCAAGUGCCCUGCGGUCCCCCCACUUCCCCCAUUGCUGUCGCCGGCUCUCUGGCUGGCGGGGGCCGCCCGUGGCCUGAGGACACGGGGAUGGGCGGGUCCCCCGGGGGCGGAGCCUGGUCUCGCCCGGUGACGGCGGGGAAAGGGAGGCGAUUCCCGCCACCAGGGGCCGCUGCCGCCCCGCUCCUCCCCGCCCCGCCGCUCCCGGGCCCCGGCAGCCAGGCCGCGGCUCCCCCCGGCGGCGCUCGCUCUGCUCCGCUCCGCCCGGCAGCGGGGCCGGGACCUGCCCGUGGCGAGGCGAGGCGAGGCGAGGCGGCGCCGGGACUCUGCCCAGCCCGGAGCGGGAGCGGAGCUCGGCCGGGCCGGGCCGGGCCCGCUGGAGAAGCCCCGCCCGGGGGGGCCAUGGCCGAGCGGGCCGCUGCCCAGGAUCCCGCUGUCCCUGAACACACUCCUGUGAGCGAAGCCCAUCCUCACACUACAGAGAUCUCCUUGUGGACAGUAGUGGCUGCCAUCCAAGCCGUGGAGAGGAAGGUGAAUUCCCAUGCCACGCGAUUACUGAAUCUGGAGGGGAGAACAGGGACAACCGAGAAGAAGUUAGCAGGCUGUGAGAGGACAGCGAUGGAAUUUGGUAACCAGCUGGAGAGUAAAUGGACUAUUUUGGGAACUCUGAUCCAGGAGAAUAACUUCCUGCAUAGGAGGCUGGAGAACAUGGAGAACCUGCUGAAGAACAGGAACUUCUGGAUUUUAAGACUGCCCCCAGGCACUAAGGGAGAAGUCCCCAAGGUGCCGGUGACAUUUGAUGAUGUCUCCGUCUAUUUCAACGAGCAGGAGUGGGAGAACUUAGACGAAUGGCAGAAAGAGCUUUACAAGAACGUGAUGAAGGGGAACUAUGAGACCCUGAUCUCCCUGGACUACGCUGUUUCUAAGCCAGACGUUUUAUCCCGCAUUGAACGAGGGGAGGAGCCGUGUGUCGGGGAUCAGCGGGAAUCCCUGGAAGGAUUGGAGGAAAGAGACCAGAAGAAGGAAGGGCUGGUGGAAAGAGAAAUCCCUGUGGACCCCAGCGCAGGCCAGGCUGUUUCCAACCCUGACAUCCUGCCCCGGGCUGAAGGAGGGGAGGAGCCGUGUAUCAGGGCCCAAGGGGGUUCGCCAGACAGAGAAAUUCCCCUGGAGCCCAGCGCAGGUUCCACAUCUGCCACUUCACCCUGGAUCAAAGGAGAGGAAGAGCUGGAUGCUGGGGACCAGCAGGAAUUGGGGGAAGGAAGAAUUCUCACAGGCUCCCGCAUGGCAGAUGAUGAGACAGCGAGCAAAGAGGAGGAGAAGCCCCGGAAGGGAUGUCUGGAGAAGCUGGAGCUGCAUGGGAUGUCAUCGGUGAAAUCAGAAGAGGAGGUUUUGCAGAGCCUACAGCAGGGAGCGGCUGCACAGCUGGCUAGCCCCGCAGUCAUCAGAGUGGAGAAAUCCACCCAGUGCGACCGAGACUUCGGCCUGCUCAAGGGCUUCGUGGUGCAGCCGGGAGAGAAGCCCUUUGCCUGCAGUGAAUGCGGGAAGAGCUUCCGGCUGAAGGGGAAUUUCGUCAAACACCUGCGGAGCCACGCCAAGGUGCGGCCCUACAAGUGCACCGAGUGCGAGAAGAGCUUCAACUGCCAGUCGGAGCUGCUGCGACACCAGAUGAUUCACCGCGGGGAGAAGCCCUACAAGUGCAGUGAGUGCGAGAAGAGCUACAGCCGCAAGGUGUAUCUGCUCAACCACCAGCGUGUGCACACGGGGGAACGGCCCUUCCAGUGCACGGCGUGCGAGAAAAGCUUCCGGCAGAAGGCCGUGCUCAUCUCGCACCAGCGCCUGCACACCGGCGAGCGCCCCUACAAGUGCAGCGAGUGCGGUAAGAGCUUCACUCAGCAGUCCAAGCUGACCAACCACUACCGUAUCCACACAGGCGAGCGCCCCUACAAGUGCACCCAGUGCGACAACAGCUUCAGCGAGAAGUCCAAGCUCAACAACCACUUCCGCAUCCACACGGGAGAGCGGCCCUACAAGUGCACCGAGUGUGAGAAGAGCUACUGCCGCAAGGAGUAUCUGCUCAACCACCAGCGCCUGCACACCGGCGAGCGGCCCUUCCAGUGCACGGCGUGCAGCAAGAGCUUCAUGCUGAAGAGGAGCUUCAUGAAGCACCAAAGAAAUCACGUGGAAGAGAGACCCCACCAGGGCGGCCCUGUUGCUAAAAGCCAUGGCGGGUCUGUCGGCCAUCAGGGUAACGACCCGGGAGAAGGGCUGAAGCGUUGCACUGAAUGCGGGGAAAGCUUCAUGGGGAAGCCUGAGCUAGAGACACACCAACAGGUCCAUGUCCGGGAGUGGCCACAUCAAUGUGCCACGUGUGAGAAAAGUUUCCGAUACGAGGAAUCUCUGAGAGAACAUCAGAGUCUCCACAUCACAGAGCAAGGGCAUCCGGAGGUUUCUCGGAGCCCCGGACAGGGAGCAGAGGCCGGACUCCUUGUUGUAAAGAUGGAAGAUACGUGGUAGCCAGUGGAGUUACCGUUCAGCAGGUGCGUUAGUCAGACGAAAGGCAAGAGGAGGAGUUGAAACGUCCAUGGUUUAGAGAGAGCUUCACCUCAUCAGAUCUGACUGUGUCUGAGCCCCUGGAGGAGAGGUGGAAACCCAGCCAGUAGACUUCCUUCUGUCACCCCUGAAAGGGGAACCAGGGACACCAGCUGAGGAGGAUUCUUCUCUCUCAACUGAAAAUGCAGCAACGGUACCAUGGGGACACGCAGGGGAACCAACUUCAGCUUGGGAAACAUCCCCACACGAUGGCAGGCGGACGGCACCGGGAGAUAGAAGGGACAAUGACUAGGAGGGUGAUGGGCACUCUGUAUAGAAGGCCUGUCGCUGGGCCUUACUGGACAAGACUGAAUUGCAGUUGCUUAGGAUAUAAGCUGACAUCUCAAGUUCAGCCCCAUGGCCCACGUCCAAUAUAGUUUAGGAGGUCUGGUCUGCUCUUGUUACUAAUGCGACCCUCGCUUUAGCCUUCACUCGCCUUGAGGACAUCUGAGGUUCUGUGACUCCAGCAGAGGAGGGAGUCGGGAGUAAAAUAAAGGGGAGAUACCCUGAAAAAAAAUGGGGCACACAUGGGAGAUUAGUAGGCACAGGUGCUGGAACAAUUUGUAUAGUGGGGUAUAAUGAGAGCCACUGAACCAAACUGUAAACCCUUUAUAUGAUGGACACCCUUUCAAGCCAGCACCCUUACUUCCUGCACCUAUGUUAGUAGGUAAAUCCAAAGAGAUGUUCUCCCAGGCUCCGGACCCAGGUCACCACCGUGGAGCUUUUCACUUGGGCAGGUGGGGAGCGCGCGUGUGUGUGUGUGGGGUAUUUGUGUUAUUUUUUUAUUAUGUAACAUGUACAGAUCUGAUCAUGACUUUUAAAACCUAAAGGUAACACUGCCACCUCAUCCUUCAGAGUGAGAAGGCAGUUAUUCCCACCAACAUUUCCUCAGCCAUUUCAGGGUUUCUCCCUGGAGCUUUUAUUUUGAUAUACAUACUAUAAUUUGCAUUUUCCGCUGUUCUUUCGUAUGGCUGGUGUAGAGCAGCAACUACAAUUUCACCUGAAGUUGAUCGAGCCAAAUGGCUACGUCAGGAGUAGCAGAAUUUAUUGCAGUGAUGCCUCCUUCAUAUUUAUCAGUUGGGCAGUAGGUAGUGAUAUGGUCGAUGGUCAGUCCUGGGGAACCACACUUGCACACCGGGGAGUCCUUGAUUUUCCAUUUGUGCAUUAGCUAGCCGCAUCUACCAUGGUUGGUUUGAGUUUGGUUCAGAGUUGACCAAGAUGACCGUGGAAGGUCAAACCCAGGAACCUUCUGCAUGGGAUCUGGCACAAGGUGUUUAGUCUUGUUUAGCCCAAUCUGCUUUCCAACCCUCCUGAUCAUAACCUGAUUGCAUGAGGCUAAAUGAGUGUCCCCAGAAAGGUUUGUGGGACUUAAGACCUUGCGGGUGGGGGGUGGGGGUGGGGGGGGUGUUGUCAAGGUCUUGAUGAAUAGGAAGGCAUCUGUUUUCCUGAAUUCGCUGAGCUUUGUUGUAUGUUGCAGCCGUUUGGUGUAUCGGCAGGAGAGCGAUGUUAGACAGAACAGGCAGCCGUGGUGUUGGAGUUGACUUAAGGGUUCCUGUGAUGCACUGCAUCACUAUUUAGCUGAGUAUCCACAAGUCGUGUGUGGCUGUAUCUGCUCCAUUCAGGUGCACAAUAUUCAGCUACUGAAUAUACAAGUGUUAUUGCAGAUGUUCGCAACCCUGAUGCUCAUGCACCCCAGGUUGUACCUGUUAGUUUCUGGAUUAUGCUGGCUCUCGUUUUUAUCUUUGCAGCUACCUUCUCAAGAUGAUCAUGGGGAUAGGGUGUGAUCGAGUUUCACUCCCAGAUAUGUUUACCACAGAAAGCUACCGGCCAAUGAAAAGGGGCGUCACGUCCGGCUCUUCGGUGGCAAUUCGGCGGCGGGUCCCUCAGUCACUCUUGGAGGGAAGGACCUGCUGCCGAAUUGCUGCAGAAGAAUGAAGCGGCGGCUGUAGCACUGCCGCCGAAGUGCCGCCGAUCGCGGCUUUUUUUUUUUUUUUUGCCCCCCGCCGCUUGGGGCGGCAAAAACGCUGGAGCCGGCCCUGGGAGUGUAGCAGGGCUUUUGCAAUAUGAGAGCCCUGGUCUGAUUGUACUGCCGGAACAACUCCUGCAUCUCUCCCGUCCAGCACGGACUGUGCUUUCUCUGGAAGCCUCAAGGAAUGUUCUUCUUUCCUGCUACUUUCAAGAGGCCUGUGAACCGUUGAUAGCAUUCUGGUCUCACUGGAAUCCUUGCAACAGUUUUCUCAACAGUCUGUUUGUAGACAUCCUAAUCAGCUUUAGCAAAAUUCCAUCGUGGUACCUGUUUCAGAAAGAACACAGGAAUUUUGAUGUCUACAUAGAUCAUUAUAGGCCUGUGUUGGCUGUUUGGAAAUGUCAAUAGUUCUUCACAUGUUGUGGUAAGAGUAUUACCACAUUGGUCUUUAGACACGAAUGUUAGGUCUGGCUUGUACUCACAUUGCCAGCGGCUUGAAUGGAAUGUUGAUUGUUGUUUUAGUUCAUAGAUUAGUUGUAAGUCUUGUGCAGAUAUCCAGUCCAUGAGAUCUUCGCCAUCGGUUUCAUUUGUUUUAUAGCCCCACAUAGUGUGGUGACAAUUAAAAUCACCUGCAUAGAUGCAUGGACUAGUAGUGCUGGGUAGCGCUGGUUUUGGCCAUCUUGUGCUAGGGGCUGUAUAGACGUUAGUAAUGUGGAGCUCUCCUAUUUUGAUAGUUGUGGUAAAUGUGGUGGUCUCUUCGGUUGGUGGAAUAACAUUAAAAUCUGUGAUGGUGUCCUUGAUGUAUAUUGCCAAGCCAUAUUUAGGAUGAUGAUGGCUAGUCAUUAGGUUGUAUCCAUAGAUACGGUAGCGCCUAGCCUGUUGGUCAUUGCCAACAUGGGUCUCUUGCAACGUGAGGACAUCUAUGUUAUAAGUCUUCAGCAAGUUUCCAAGAUAUUUGUAUUUUGCCCAUGAGACUCCUUCAUCAUUAAGUUGCAGGAUUCUUAUUCAAGUGCCUAUUUGGCAUAUUGUAUGGCCCUGAGGAGGAACUUUAGGAUUUGUUGAGUUGCUGCUCUGAUGACCAGGAGAUGGCUGAGCGAUAUUCGGUCGUUGAGUUGAUGGCAUUCAUUGUGAAUUCUCACUUAGCAGAGUGGGCCCCCGUGAAGGCUGCCAUCUUCCACUCCAUUGUCCACUGUUAACCAAGAUUUAACGGAGCCUCUUGAGUGAGCCCAGCAAUAGGGACACGUACUGCUACAUCGCAGCGAGCUUCCAGUUACCUGCUACAGUGUUCAGGAUAUUGUAAAUAUCAAUAAGCAAAUCACACUUUUAAACAUGGCCCCUAUUGCAAUGUGUAGAGACAGGCAGUGGGGUGAAAGCUCCCGUGGCUUUCAGCUAGAGCCCUCCGCCUGAUUUUUUUUUUUUAAUCCUGCUCCCAUUCCGCCCUGCAAUACCCACUGCUACUUUCACCUGCUCCUGUGUUGUUUCUUGCAUUUUUAUCCUGCUUCUACCCUGAAAAACCUUAGAUCCGGCAAGAGAAAGAGAUUCCCCCAUGGUACUUAAAAACAUCAAAUAAACAAACAUGGUCAGUUAAUAUAUUA